AUGUCGGAUGGACGACCGAAGCCUGCCAUUCCUGCGUGGCAGCGCGCCGCACCCAAACCACCUCCAGCGACUGAGGAUCCCGUGAGCAGCCAACCGGAGGCUGCUCAGUCAAAGGCGGCGGAGACGGCAACACCAGAGCCAGAGGCAACUGAGUCUCCUGAGAAAGAGCCCGAGUCGAUUCCCGCUGAUGACACGUCGCCCACCACCGUGCCUGUCGCCGCAGCUGUCGAACCGAAGCCAGCCUUCGAGAGGAAUGAAUUCGAGAGCUUUCGCCAGCAACAACAACCCUUCCAGAACACUGCUACUCAGGGGACGUCGCAGAGGCCGAGCACACCACCAAUCAUCACAUACCCAGAAUUUCUAGUAGAAGCACACAAACAACCGCCUCUCAUCACACCCACUCGAAUCCUGAACUCCGUCUAUGUAGCUGGUGGUAUUGCAACCCUGCUCUAUGCAGCCAGCAAAUGGAUCAUAAACCCGAUGGUAGCAACACUCUCGGAAUCGAGACACGAGUUCCUAUCCCACAGCCAAAGUAAGGUGGAUGAAAUGAACGAGCGCUUAGAGAAGCUCGUAAGCAAGCUGCCUGAAUCUAAGAAAGAGCCAGCUAGUAUGGAAGAGGGCGCCGAAGACGAGAGCAUCACAAGUGACCCUACGGAGCUGUACCACCGAGACAUGGGCACGCAAACUUCACCGUUGCCAUCUCGAAGUUCUUCGCUACCAGGCGCAGCACAGCCAAAGGAACCCGUGGAAUACCAGACCGGAGCACUUGAGAUCAUGACAAGUCACCUCACGGAGUUAGCGGAUGGAGCCGAGCAAGCCGAGGAAGGCAGCAGAGAACGCCAGGAUAGGAUGAACAAGCUCCGCCAUUACCUCGACGAUCUGAUCUUUGGAGCCCCUUUGACGAAUGCUUGGCACACGAGCGAGGAUGCGAUUACCAUGAAGAAUGGCUCCAGCGAGAAUGAUGCAAUUGAAGACUUGAAGAAAGAGAUCAGAGGCGUCAAGGGAGUGUUGCUGAGUGCGAAACGAUUCCCGGCUGUUGGCAGAUCGUUGACUGGAGCGACGUAG